UUUUACCGACACGUGAAGAAUUCCCGAGAAAAAGCUAGUGAAUUGAAGAAGGAAAGAAUCUCCCACUCCGCCUUUCAAUUCAAGAGUGGGCGCACGACCAUACCAGUUACCCCACCUCUGGUACAUACACAGGAAACAAAAGCGACCAAAGAGUGUGGUGGUAGUAAACCUGCACACAAGUUGCCUCACCGGGCAGUCAUGUGGCAGCAGGUUGCUUCUCGAACAGUGAGCAGCAGCCGACGCAGUGGGGCCAUAGCGCAUGGUGGGAACGCAAGACAGUAGUGCGCAAACCGCGGCUCCUGGCAGUUUACUCUUGUCGCCACUAACGGCGUGACGUCUGUCAUGUAGCUCCGAAAAGAGAACCCUUUCGUCGAAGCAACGAGCAACAAUCCUUUGCGCAAACAGCAUCAACAGCACAGUGGGGUUCUCAGUACAUACACCACUGACUCCAGUUCCUCCAUUCCAACCCUCCGAGGUUCCGCCAAACCUGACCAGUGGAUCCUGCACAACCCCACUCUUAAAUGGCUGCCUGGAGUUCUUGCUCUCCCCUGCUGCCCCUCGCGCUGCCCACGGGCAGCGGAAGGGCGCGCUCGCUCGUCUUAUUAGUUGCUGUGCAGGCCUGUUCUACGCUUUCUCUUGCUGAAAGCAAGCGUACGUUCCACGCGACUAUACCAGUGUUAUAUAAAACGUAGCGGUCCGAUAAUGGCUGAGUUCCAUCGAAAACGAAGUUCGGUUUCCACGUAUUUCAAACCGUCCUGGGAAUCAGACUACUUCUUCAUAGAGCAGGAAGGCGUACCGACCUGUUUGAUAUGCGGGAAGAAACUGCAUCAAGUGAAGAAGUACAAUCUCCAAAGGCAUUUUCAGUCAAUGCACGGGCAUUACGCGCAAUUGAGCGGCGAAGAACGGGAGGCAGAAGUGGUGCAAUUGAAACAAAAAUUCGUCCAAGCAGAAGUGGAAGAGGAAACUGUAUCGUCCUGCAGCGAGGCAGCCGUGCGGGCGAGCUUCGGGAUUGCCCUGGAGAUUGCACGAUCGUCGCGCAGUUACACCGACGGUGACGUUGUGAAGAAAUAUUUAGUGAACGCCGCGGGUCAGAUGUGUCCGACAGAAGUGCAAGCCUUCGAGGCAAUAAGUUUAUCAAGAACGACAAUUGCUCGCCGCAUACAAUCAAUGGCCAGCAACGUUAUGGACCAGUUACGCCAAUUGUGUUCAAGUUUCACUGCGUACUCUUUGGCUAUCGACGAGGGUACAGAUAUAUCAGGAACGCCGCAAAUAGCGAUCUUCAUCCGUGGGGUGAACAAUAAUUUAUACGUGACAGAGGAAUUAUUAGACUUGGUACCGCUCAGAGACGGUGUAUCAGAAGAGGACAUGUUCUCUUGCGUAGAAGAGAUAAUAGAGAGUAAUCAAUUGGACUGGCACAAACUGGUUUCCAUAGCAACCGAUGGAACACCUGCAAUGGCAGAUAACACUAAUGGUCUGGUUGGUCGACUCAGGAAAAAGUUAAACGAAUUGGGUAAUGCUAAGAAACUUGUCGCUGUGCAUUGUCUGAUUCAUAGACAAAAUCUAUGUACCAAGAACGUUGAAAUGUCCAAUGUAAUGUCUGUGAUCGUACGUGUAACGAAUUACAUAAGGAAUCACGGAUUGAAACGUAAGCAGUUCCGCGCGUUUCUUGAAGAAUUAGAUUCAGAGUACGCAGAUUUACCCUAUUACACCGAGGUCAGAUGGCUAAAUCGUGGGAAGCUUUUAGAACAAUUUUAUAAUCUUAGAAGCGAGAUAGCUGCAUUUAUGGAGUCUAUGCAAAAUCCUGUUGCAGAAUUAAAAGAUAACGACUGGCUGGUUGACUUAGCGUUUUUAACAGAUUUAGUACACCACCUGAACACCUUAAAUCAGUCUUUACAAAGGAAAGGUAUGCUCAUAGUAGAAUUGUACGAUACUAUUCAAGCAUUUCAAAUGAAAAUACAGCUAUGGAUGGGGCAGUUACAAAUAGGAAACGCGUGUCAUUUUCCAAGGUUGAAAGCUGCAGCCACAAAUCAGAAUUGUUUCACAAAAUAUUGCUCUGUUUUAGAUUUACUCGAACAGGAAUUUAACGGAAGAUUUAAGGAUGUUCAAAGUUUGAAUACCGAGUUUAACAUAUUUGCAACGCCAUUUUCAGUUAACUUAGACACAGUACCGCCAGAAAUGCAGCUCGAGUUGAUCGACAUGAAAUGUGACCGAAUGUUGAAAAACAAAUUCAAUCAAGCAGAAUCUCUGGCACAUUUUUAUACCGGUUUCUCGCAUAUUCGUUUUCCAUUGUUGUACACCCUUGCCGGAAAAAUAUUAUGUAUGUUUGGGUCGACUUACGUCUGCGAGCAGUUAUUUCUAAACAUGAAAAAAACGAAAUCAAUUCAUAGAACAGGAUUAACUAAUUAUAAUUUAAAAUGUUCAUUAUUAUUAAGCUCCUGCCAAUCGAUUGUCCCAGAUAUUACUUUUUUAAUGGAACAAAAGAGACUACAAACGUCAUCCAGACGAUUGUUUACCACAGAAUAAACCGUGCUAGAAGUCUUCUUCUAUCUUCGUUUAACAAUUCAUUCGUCACAUUCGAUUAUCGUUUACAUUGCAAAUAAAAAUUAUUAUUUGUGGUGUACUUUGUUAGAGAUACUGCAAGAGAUACAAUAAUUGUUCAGAAAUCUUUCUGCCAACAGUUUUAAUAUCUAUUCUAAUAUAUAAAUAUGGUAUUUAUAUUUUAGGAUUUAUAUUUUGUAUCUAUUGUAGUAUCCAUUAUUUUUAAGGUGUAUAUAGUAUUUAUAUAUGACUGCUUAUUUUUCAUAUCUUCCUGUUGCAUUUAUUUUUUGCACAUUAACCCAAUGUUACUUUUAAUUAUCCUUAUUAGUUCCUAAUCGUGAACGUUGUAAAUAUCGUCGCAUUCCAAAAGUAAUAAGUAUACAAAUGUACAAAAUGCAACAUAUCAAGAAACUGUAAAUAAUGUAUUGUACGUAAAGAUUAAUCAAUUAUAAAGGCUAAGUGUCCUGUAUAUUAUUAAUAAGUAAACAUUAAUAUUAUGAAAAGUUUGUAUAAUUUUUAUCCUAUUAGAAUAAAUAAUGAUACAAGUUUCAUUCAUCUUAAUAUUACUAUGUACAACCGUUGUACAUACAGUAUUUUGAUAAGUGCAUAUAAAAAAUCUCUGUUAAUGUUAAUAUGAAUCUCCCUGUAUAUGGUUUUGGGCGUAGGCCAGGGAUGUCCAUCAGGAUAAUCUCUCAGAGUAAUAUGAUACAUUGUAACUUAAACCAGGCCAGCGACACGACGGCACAAUGCCCUGCUCAAUCAGCUUUAGUAACUUUGAAACAUUGAUUAAACACACAUUAUCAAAUGAUUGAUCAAGAUGAUGGAAGAGAUGAUCAUUGUCAGAUGCUCAAAGUGGCAUGUCGUGUUGCUGCCUUGGUUUAUUUGAGUUAUAAAGAACAUAUCAUGGUACUCCAAGAGAUUGCCCUGACGUCUCCAACGUAAACGAUCAAUAGCUUCAAAGGAUUUCCAGUCAAAUGCUCCAAACGGAUGAAGUCUUAAGAUGGCAAGAUCAACGAGCAGAAUCAUAACAGAAGUACCGACAUAUUGAAAACAAUUCAGGUGUGAAAUCUAAUUGCAGAAGCAAUAGUUGAGAAGUUACAUGAGAA